ACCCAUAAAAGCACCCACGGCUACAGUAACAACGGUGAAAACAGUGUCUAGAAGUUCCCAAUCAGUUCAAACAAAGAAGACAGCUUUGAACAGCCCUGUCCACGAAAGCAAAGGAAGCGUACCACGUAUAGCAUUACCACCUAAGCAAUCAAGUAUUUCUCAACCUCGCACCCUGCCACGAAAGUCAUCUGUACAACCAAAUGGAGUGGCAACAUCAGGUGAAGCUACACACACUAUGGAAAAAGUAGUAACCAAUUUCACAAGAGUGUUUGGAGGCGCCGUUCCAUCAAUACCAACUAAACCGAAACCAGCUGGAGGCCUGUCACAGAAGCAAGCACCUUCAGAUUUGAACAAAAUGGUUACAGCAGCGGGUACUACGCAUCCGGGUGCUCCUACCAGGGUGAAACCAGCGGCGACGAACAUGCCUGAGGCAACGACACCCAUAAAAGCACCCACGGCUACAGUAACAACGGUGAAAACAGUGUCUAGAAGUUCCCAAUCAGUUCAAACAAAGAAGACAGCUUUGAAUAGCCCUGUCCACGAAAGCAAAGGAAGCGUACCACGUAUAGCAUUACCACCUAAGCAAUCAAGUAUUUCUCAACCUCGCACCCUGCCACGAAAGCCAUCUGUACAACCAAAUGGAGUGCCAACAUCAGGUGAAGCUACACACACUAUGGAAAAAGUAGUAACCAAUUUCACAAGAGUGUUUGGAGGCGCCGUUCCAUCAAUACCAGCCAAACCGAAACCAGCUGGAGCCCUGUCACAGAAGCAAGCACCUUCUGAUUUGAACAGAUUGGUUACAGCAGCGGGUACUGCGCAGCCGGGUGCUCCUACCAGGGUGAAACCAGCAGCGACGAACAUGCCUGAAGCAACGACACCCAUAAAAGCACCCACGGCUACAGUAACAACGGUGAAAACAGUGUCUAGAAGUUCGCAAUCAGUUCAAACAAAGAAGACAGCUUUGAAUAGCCCUGUACACGAAAGCAAAGGAAGCUUACCACGUAUAGCAUUACCCCCUAAGCAAUCAAGUAUUUCUCAACCUCGCACCCUGCCACGAAAGCCAUCUGUACAACCAAAUGGAGUGCCAACAUCAGGUGAAGCUACACACACUAUGGAAAAAGUAGUAACCAAUUUCACAAGAGUGUUUGGAGGCGCCGUUCCAGCAAUACCAACCAAACCGAAACCAGCUGGAGGCCUGUCACAGAAGCAAGCACCUUCAGAUUUGAACAGAAUGGUUACAGCAGCGGGUACUACGCAUCCGGGUGCUCCUACCAGGGUGAAACCAGCAGCGACGAACACGCCUGAAGCAACGACACCCAUAAAAGCGCCCACGGCUACAGUAACAACGGUGAAAACAGCGUCUAAAAGUUCGCGAUCAGUUCAAACAAAGAAGACAGCUUUGAAUAGCCCUGUCCACGAGAGCAAAGGAAGCGUACCACGUAGAGCAUUACCCCCUAAGCAAUCAAGUAUUCCUCAUCCUAGCACCCUGCCACGAAAGUCAUCUGUACAACCAAAUGGAGUGGCAACAUCAGGUGAAGCUACGCACACAACGGAAAAAGUAGUAACCAAUUUCACAAGAAUGUUUGGAGGCGCCGUUCCAUCAAUACCAACCAAACCGAAACCAGCUGGAGCCCUGUCACAGAAGCAAGCACCUUCUGAUUUGAACAGAUUGGUUACAGCAGCGGGUACUGCGCAGCCGGGUGCUCCUACCAGGGUGAAACCAGCAGCGACGAACAUGCCUGAAGCAACGACACCCAUAAAAGCACCCACGGCUACAGUAACAACGGUGAAAACAGUGUCUAGAAGUUCGCUAUCAGUUCAAACAAAGAAGACAGCUUUGAAUAGCCCUGUACACGAAAGCAAAGGAAGCUUACCACGUAUAGCAUUACCCCCUAAGCAAUCAAGUAUUUCUCAACCUCGCACCCUGCCACGAAAGCCAUCUGUACAACCAAAUGGAGUGCCAACAUCAGGUGAAGCUACACACACUAUGGAAAAAGUAGUAACCAAUUUCACAAGAGUGUUUGGAGGCGCCGUUCCAGCAAUACCAACCAAACCGAAACCAGCUGGAGGCCUGUCACAGAAGCAAGCACCUUCAGAUUUGAACAGAAUGGUUACAGCAGCGGGUACUACGCAUCCGGGUGCUCCUACCAGGGUGAAACCAGCAGCGACGAACACGCCUGAAGCAACGACACCCAUAAAAGCACCCACGGCUACAGUAACAACGGUGAAAACAGUGUCUAGAAGUUCGCAAUCAGUUCAAACAAAGAAGACAGCUUUGAAUAGCCCUGUCCACGAAAGCAAAGGAAGCGGACCACGUAUAGCGUUACCACCUAAGCAAUCAAGUAUUUCUCAACCUCGCACCCUGCCACGAAAGUCAUCUGUACGACCAAAUGGAGUGGCAACAUCAGGUGAAGCUACGCACACCACGGAAAAAGUAGUAACCAAUUUCACAAGAGUGUUUGGUGGCGCCGUUCCAUCAAUACCAGCCAACCCAAAACCAGCUGGAGGCCUGUCACAGAAGCAAGCACCUUCAGAUUUGAACAGAAUGGUUACAGCAGCGGGUACUACGCAUCCGGGUGCUCCUACCAGGGUGAAACCAGCAGCGACGAACAUGCCUGAAGCAACGACACCCAUAAAAGCACCCACGGCUACAGUAACAACGGUGAAAACAGUGUCUAGAAGUUCGCAAUCAGUUCAAACAAAGAAGACAGCUUUGAAUAGCCCUGUCCACGAAAGCAAAGGAAGCGGACCACGUAUAGCGUUACCACCUAAGCAAUCAAGUAUUUCUCAACCUCGCACCCUGCCACGAAAGUCAUCUGUACGACCAAAUGGAGUGGCAACAUCAGGUGAAGCUACGCGCACCACGGAAAAAGUAGUAACCAAUUUCACAAGAGUGUUUGGAGGCGCCGUUCCAUCAAUACCAACCAACUCAAAACCAGCUGGAGGCCUGUCACAGAAGCAAGCACCUUCAGAUUUGAACAGAAUGGUUACAGCAGCGGGUACUACGCAGCCGGGUGCUCAUACCAGGGUGAAACCAGCAGCGAAAUCGGUUUCUCAGGCGAUUUCCGGAACGCGUAGUUCAGUAUUGAAAGUGAGGCCUACAACUUUAAUGACAAUUAAUGCGACAACAGCAAGCCAUGUCACGUUGAAUCAAGUGUGGCCACAGCACGAUGGUGUCAGCCAACUUCUAUUAACAACGUCAACUAUGGAAAAUAAAACAAUUGGAAUUCCGUUAGCGCCUGGCAUUAUAAAGCCUUCGAUAAGUGUCUCAGCCACACAACGCGAUGCAACAGUAAGCAACAAUGCUUUCCCAUCAGCGUUAACGCAAAUGCUUUUGUUGAGGAUCCUGGGCAGAGUGGAUGUGACAAGUCCAAGCGCAGUUAUUUGGAAAGAAUUACUUCCUUCUUUCACGGGAGAACCUGCUGUUGCAAGCAAGCCCAUUGCUAGAGAAACGGUGCCGAAAGCUACGUUUGUUAAGGGUCACAAAUGCGAUCAAGAGGCCCUUGCGAACGCUAGAGCAGUUCUUUCGGGUCUGCAACCAAUUUUGGAGCGGGAAAAGACCACCACCACAAUAGCAACUUUUCUGAAGGCACCUGGUGGUCGCAUCUUCAAUGUAACGGACGUCGUCUCGUCCAGCACUACCAUUCAGCCCAUUAGUAGGAUGUCAGCAGCUACGAUACAUAACGAAAGCCCUGCGAUGCCUUCAUAUUUCAAAAAUGUGCACAAAGCAAUGACGGAAACGCAACAACGUGUGACCGGGCAAGCAUCUCAGCUCGAACCAUCGCUAUCAGAGAUGCAAACCAAAGGACAGCCAUGCAGGUUACAACCACCAGUGACACCCGUUUUAAGUUGCCGGUUCACGUGUGACAACCACAAAGACAAUGAGCGCUACGAAAUUGAGAAAGACGGAACUCCGUGCCAUUUGCACAGAAGGGUUAGGAGCCUGAUCGGCGUCUGUGUGCGUGGGCAGUGUCAACAAAUUGCAAAUAAAUGAGGGCAUGUGCGUUGCCUGUCAAACGUCUUCUUGC